GCAUUUGCGAGGGUAGGCUACUCAGUAGUGCAUGACCACACCACCUGUCAGCAGCGCCUCACCGCGGCCAGCCGCGAACUGCAGCCCCCAGCCUUGGCCCGUCCUUUCGAACAGUCUGAGUCAAAAUGGCGACCAGUGGAGGUGCUUGGAGUUGGGCUCUCUGUUACUGGAGUAUUUUCACGCAAGUCUGGAUAGUUUUCGCGGCGGAAGAGAUUCUCCUGGAUACCCGUUCCAUGUCCACUCUGGGAGGAUGGACGACAUACCCAGUGUCAGACAGAGGAGGGUGGAUCGAAGUCAGCAACAUCAACUCGGACGGCCACCCCGUCAGAACGUACCAAGUGUGUCAGGUCCGUAGGGAGGACCAGAACAACUGGCUCCGAGCCGAGUGGAUCCCGAAACGCCAGGGCCGCCGGAUCUACGUCGAGAUCAAGUUCUCGAUCCGCGAGUGUCGGGACAUCCCCAACGUCGUGUCGUGUAAAGAGACGUUCGAUCUGUACUACUUUGAGUCGGAUUAUCCGGACGCCACGGACGACAGUCCCGCGUGGAACGACCGAACGUACACGAAAGUCGACCGGAUCGCGGCAGACGGACGGUUCAGCCACGUGAACACGGAAAUCAUCAACACCGAGGUCCGCGACAUAGGGCCGAUCUUCAAACGUGGUUUCUACCUGGCGUUCCAGGACUCUGGAGCGUGCAUAUCGCUGUUAUCCGUCCGCGUGUACUACAAGGUCUGCCCGACGAUAACCGAACACUACGCGAUCUUUAACAAGACGGUCACGGGCCCGUCCAUAACGUCGCUGGUGCAAGCGGAGGGCCAGUGCAUCCCGAACUCGGAGCCGGUCGGACGGCAGCCGACUGUCCAGUGCACCGGGACCGGAGAGUGGACGCUGUUUACCGGGAGCUGUCGAUGUCUGCCUGGGUACGAACCGCAGAGGACGGUCGCUCAGAGAUGCGACGUUCCCAAGAUAUUUUCUGUUCUCAGCAUGGUCCAGGUCAAAGUCAAGUCCAUCUACGGCUGUGUUUGUGUAGGAUUACGGACUACGAUUGUUGCCAUGGUAACAGGAAGGUUCAGUGUCAAGAACGCAGAGCAGAGUUCCUGA